GUUCAAGUCAGCGUGUCGAAAACGAAGAUAGCUGGUUACCUGUUGUUUCUGUUUUGGAUGUGUUUUCUUCCAAAAGAAGGACAUCUCUACAUUCUGAUGCCAUGAAUCGAGAAGGAGUUUCCGUUUUGUUGACAACUUUGUUCUCUGGUUUGCUGCUCCUUUGUGUUUUGGCACUGCUGUGUUUCUUCACCUGCAGACUAGCUUCAAGAGUUCUGCCUGUUGGAGCCCCACUGCGUUUUUGACAGAGCUUGUGAAUGAGCCUCAAGUCAUGAUCUUGGAGUCUUCUGACAUCCUUGGAACGCGAGUUGUUCUGCAAAACGGCGGCUGAUAGAUGACAACAUGAAGGUCGCUGCACUCUUUAUCCUCGGUUGCCUGGUUUGGGGAGGAAUGGCAAAGCCUGAAUUUCCAGAACCAGAGAAGGAUCCUGAUUUCUGGAAGGAAUGGGCUCAGCGCACACUAAAAAAUGCUUUGACCCUCCAAGACCUCAACAAGAAUGUUGCCAAGAACAUCAUCCUUUUUCUUGGUGAUGGCAUGGGUGUACCCACGGUCACAGCAGCACGGAUUCUAAAGGGUCAAAUGAGUGGACAGAGCGGUGAGGAAACACAACUAGAGAUGGACAAAUUUCCCUACAUUGCCCUCUCUAAGACGUAUAACACCAAUGCUCAGGUACCAGACAGUGCGGGCACUGCCACGGCAUAUCUGUGCGGUGUCAAAGCCAACGAGGGUACAGUUGGAGUGAGCGCAGCAGCUGUAAGAUCCCAGUGCAACACCACUCAGGGGAACGAGGUCACCUCCAUUCUUAAAUGGGCCAAAGACGCAGGCAAAUCAGUGGGAAUCGUCACAACAACACGAGUGAACCAUGCCACUCCGAGUGCAGCAUAUGCUCACUGUGUAGACCGGGACUGGUAUUCAGACGGGGACAUGCCCACUGAAGCACUGCAGAGCGGAUGCAAAGACAUUGCCAGACAACUCUUUGAAAAUAUCCCUGACAUUGAUGUGAUAAUGGGGGGUGGGCGGAGAAAUAUGUACCCCAGAAACACACCAGAUGUGGAAUACCCAGGAGACAAGAAACACAACGGUACACGCAAAGAUGGCAGGAACCUUGUGGGGGAGUGGAUUGACAGAGUGAAGGAUAAGAAAGGUUACUAUGCUUGGAACAGGAAGGAUCUCCUUUCCCUGAAUCCAAAUAAUGUGGAUUAUCUUUUGGGUCUGUUUGAGCCGGCAGACCUGCCCUAUGAGCUUGAGAGAAACAAAGAAACUGACCUUUCCCUCACUGAGAUGGUAGAUGUGGCCAUUAAGAUCCUCAGAAAAAAUGAACGUGGGUUCUACUUGCUGGUGGAAGGUGGGCGCAUUGAUCACGGACACCAUGAGGGGAAAGCCAAGCAGGCCUUGCAUGAGGCCGUGGAAAUGGACCGGGCCAUUACCCGAGCCGGUCUCCUCACCAGCAUUUAUGACACACUAACUGUCGUCACGGCUGAUCACUCUCAUGUCUUCAGCUUUGGAGGCUACACACCACGGGGAAACUCAAUCUUUGGUUUGGCCCCCACUGUGAGUGAUAUUGAUCAGAAGCCCUUCACAUCCAUUCUCUAUGGAAAUGGCCCAGGGUUCAAGAUGGUUAACAGCACUAGAGAAAAUGUCUCAACUGUGGACUACGAGCAAAACAACUAUCAGGCACAGUCUGCCGUUCCCUUGCGCAUGGAGACUCAUGGCGGUGAAGACGUGGCAAUCUUCUCCAAAGGUCCCAUGGCUCACCUUCUUCAUGGAGUCCAGGAGCAGCAUUACAUUCCCCACGUCAUGGCCUACGCAGCUUGCAUCGGCCAAAACAAAGACCACUGCCGUACAAACUCUGGUUCCCCUUCUCUCAGUCACAUCUCCCCUAUGCUUGCCCUUCUUCUCGCAGUUAAAUGGCUUCUGUGCUGACCCCUCUUCUUUGGAUCAUCUCUUAUCCUAUUGUGAUUAGGUCAGGAACUAUCCUAACUGAUUCUCAUAAGUGGAAUUUAUGAUUUUUUUAUAACGUGAUUAUUUUUUAAAGCAUUUAUCAAUAUUGGGACCAAUGUGUGGGCAUUAUGGAGAGCUUGUUGCAUUAUUGAGACAUUGUUGCAAUAAUGUAAACAAAAUGUAAAAAGUGUGGUUAAUUUAUUUUCUUGCUGGUGUACUGAAUAGCAGACACCAAAAAGAUCACGCUUUCUGUGUCACAAGGCAACUCACAGAUUGACAUUCUGUCUGGAACAGAGAAUGCUAGUGGAACGAAUGCAAAUUAGAGGAUCGGAACUAAUUGUUGUAAAACAAGCUCACACUACACUAUUUUUGCUCUGAGAUUUUGAGAGUUCUGCCAAGUCACAGGAGCUGUUUCACUUAUCUCUUGUGAAGAUUUUAUCUGCUAUGCAUCUGUAAAAAGAUAUCUACACCACCGUUCAAAAAUUUGGGAUCAGUAAGAUUUUUUUUAAAGUAAUUAAUACUUUUAUUCA